AUGAUCUCUAGUGCUGGUAUAGCUAGGAAAGUUCCAGCGGAUGCGCUUAGUAUGGGGAGCAACCUGGUGAACAUAUCUCCAUCGGUUGCGAUCAGAUAUCGGACUCUUGAAAAAGUGUGGUCAAGUAAUAUUGCUGAUUAUUCUAUUUUUAGAAUGUUUGGUUGCUCGUGUUAUUAUCAAGUAAGUGAUGGUAAGCUCAAUGUGAGGGAAAUGUGCAUAUUCUAUGGCCAUGCACGAGAGAUUGAGGACUCAAAAGGAGAUGCUGAAGAGGGGAAGGGAUAUGCUGCUGGCAAAAAAAUUAGUUGCGAUGUAAGCAACGACAUCAUACGAAAUCGCGAGAAGGCAAGAAAGUCACACAUCCUUGUGGUGAGGAACUUUGGCAGCAUUCAGCUACUUCCGUUUAAGAUUAUCUUCCCAUAUAAAUUUCUUGCUUUCGAUAGAGACUGCGGCAUUGAGUCAUCAAACUACAGCGGGAACUUCGGCUCUAUGCGCAAGUUGAUGUAUAAGAAGAGAAGAUCCAAGAGAAGACUCGACCACGUUAAAAAAAAAAAAACAUACUUCUCUGCUUCAGAUUUUGACAUGCUCGCGGGAUGGCACGGCAAAGAAUCCUCCAUGGACACCCAAGGCAGCUCGUUUUUGAGACCAUUGCCACCAUUGACAGAGGUUCACGUAGACACGACUUCAGGAGGCAGGACAACUGAUAAAGCUUCCCAAGACGGUUGCGGACCAAGCAAAGUCAUGACAACGGCGGAGAUCAAUGAAAAGUAUCGACCAUUAUUUGAAGCCGCCAUGAAAGGCGAUUGGAAAGCUACCGAGAAAAUCCUCAACGAAGAUCGCGAAGCAAUGACGGCCAAAGUUAUGACCAUAGGAAAAACAUCCACUACUUUGCUCGACGUAGCGGCUAUGGCCGGACAAGAUCGAUUGGUCGAGAACCUGGUCAAGCGCUUCCCUCCUAAGUAUAAUGUUGCAAUCCUCACGAGUGCCCUCUACCAUGCUGCCCGAAGAGGAGGAAUAAGAAUGGUCGAGGCAUUAGUAGAUAGAGUUGAUGCUAAAUCUGAAAGCGCACGGCAUGCCCUGUCGAUGGCUGCUUCAUAUGCUCCUGUGCAAAGAGAGGUUAUCUGGUACCUCGCCAGGCGUACAACAUCUGCCCCAGAUUAUGGAACCAUGUCCUGCCUUAUCACGGCCGGCCAUUUGGACAUAGGCUUGUAUUUAGCUCGUCGGUACCCAGGCUUAGCGACAUCCGAGGAUACUGAAAACAGUAGCCUGUUGGGAGAGUUGGCGAAGAUGAAAUCUUGCUUCCGUAGCGGAGCUAGACUCCAUUUUUGGGAAAAAUCUAUCUACAGAUGUAGGUUCUUCUCGCGCUUUUUUGUUAGAUAUGUACAAUUUGAGCAACUCUAUCCACAUGCUCUUGUCUGUUCCAAUUUUUAG